AGCUUAAGAACGAAACCCACUUGGGCCGAAAUGCAAAUCCGCUCAAUGCCGGACAGUGACGGUUUCAGUGACGGCACUCGCAACAUUGCCACUUGGCAGCCCAUGGUACGAGUUGUCUGGCAAGGAGUGGGAGGCUAAGCCGUUCCGAUCUGUUGUCCACCAAGGCAAAGAGCGAGUGGGACGGCGAUGCCUGGCCGCCGCCCCUGGCUGGGCCAGGCCUUCGAGACCUGGCACUCGCAACCACCAACCCUGCUUGGGCAACCGGGCUUGCCUGACACAAUGCGAUUCAGAUAUUGGUUGCUGAUGGGAUGGCUGUUUCCCCAUAGCACCCACCCACUUGGCUUGCCGCGGGCCGUAGCCACACAAACGAGCCAGGCAGGCCAACACGCCUCAAGUGACACCUACACCGGUGUCCAACUGUCCCGCAGGGCGGGGAGGAACGCCAAGGGUGGCCCCGUCAGGCUUCCAGACAAGACCGAGUGGAGUACGGCAGCCGCCGCCAGCCAUUCAAGUCGUGACACUUCAGGCGCUCUGGAGCUGCAUCCUGCAGGCGGUGCAUGGGUGUCUGGCGGCGAUUGGCGACCUGGAUCGCUGGCCCAGGUAUUCCAGACUGGGCCAAGACGGCGGGUGUGGACCAGCGUGCGCCAGGUACAUCCAUACCUCGUGAGUGCUCGUUACCCGUCACGGAAGGACGCUGGCAAUUGCUGGCCCAGCCAGAAUGCGAAAUCCCAGGCACGAAGGCGGUGAUCGUCAGCCCACCAUCCUCAACCAUCCGCCGUUAUGCACGCCCUAAACGAGUGUCCAGUACGCGGCGACGCAGCUAAGCUCUUUGGGGCGGGAUUGAGGAGAAGACGCGAUCUAUCGCUGUCCGUCCCCGGCCUCGUGACAGUUCCAGAUCUCGUUACAAUAUCGGCUUGAUUACCCGCCCACCGACUCUCGUAUGGGAAUUUUCUUCACCGGUGCUGCGAAGCAACCACACCCCGACCUCGUGGGACCGCGGCAAGCGGAUGGGAUUGAGAUGAU